AAAAGCCCAAAAGCAGAGAUAAAAUCGAAGCAUCGGAAACCGAAUGUGUUUGAGGAUCCACGUUGUGGAAUGGUAGUUUUCUCGUUUAUAAAAUACUUUUAAAAAGUAAUUCCAUCAUUAUUUUUAUACCGAUUUCAGUUUCGCUAAAAAGUUAAAAUGCCGUUCAAACGUUUCGUUCAGACGGGACGAAUCGUCUAUAUCACCGAUGGACCAUACAAAGGCAAAACCGCCGCAAUCGUGGAUUGUGUUGAUCAGAAAUCGGUUUUAGUUGACGGACCCGAGACCAAUGUCCCCAGACAAAAAUUACGCCUCAAUCAAUUGCACUUGACGAAAUUCAGAAUCAAUUUCCCAUUCAAUGGACCCACCAGAGUUGUACGUAAAGCCUGGAAAACCGACGAAAUUGACGCUAAAUGGGCCAAAAGUCGCUGGGCUGAACGUGCCAGUAACAAACAAACGCGUGCCGAAUUAACCGACUUCGAUAGAUUCAAAUUGAAACGUGCCCGUUCGAUUAGAAAUAAGAUCAGAACCGAAGAAUACCAGAAAUUGUUGAAAAGGGUGUACAACCCGAUUAGGAAAAGUCUACAGAAGAAACGUGUUAAGAAGAGGGCAUUGUUGAAAAGCAGAAAAACGAAAGGUAAAACCGCCGCUGCAUCGAAAGGAAAGAAGGCUGUAAAGAAGUAAUUCGUUAAGUGCUGGUUUUUACUUUUAAUAAAUAGAGGUUUAAAAAACAAA